CAGUAUGGUAUGGAAAAUUCCAUAAUUCAGCAACCCAAUGAGUCAAUGACACAUCCUUGCACCAUUCUCACAUCACCUUCCCCUCUUUCUCUCUCUCUCCAGAUUUUCUCAUCACUCCAUUUCUCUCCAAAUCAAUCUUCCUGUCGGCUGCAUUUAUUACUAACUAUUUUCAUUUUCUCGAUCAUCCCACAUUUUUAAUCUCAAUUUUUUGGGUUUGAUUUAAAUUAGUUUCUCAAUUUUUGUUUUUUUCCAGAUCCCAGAAAAUCUGAAUUUAAAAAGUUAAUUUAUAAUUAUGUUUCUUUGGGAUUGGUUUUCUGGGAUCUUAGCUUCUCUUGGGUUAUGGCAAAAAGAGGCCAAGAUCUUGUUUUUAGGCCUUGAUAAUGCUGGUAAAACUACCCUCCUUCAUAUGCUCAAAGAUGAGAGGCUGGUUCAACAUCAGCCAACACAGCACCCGACAUCGGAAGAGUUGAGCAUUGGGAAAAUCAAGUUCAAAGCUUUUGACUUGGGAGGUCAUCAGAUUGCUCGCCGGGUUUGGAAGGAUUACUAUGCCAAGGUGGAUGCUGUGGUGUACCUGGUUGAUGCAUUUGAUAAGGAGAGGUUUUUUGAGUCAAAGAAGGAACUAGAUGCCCUUCUAUCUGAUGAAGCCUUGGCUAACGUUCCAUUUCUCAUCUUAGGCAACAAGAUUGACAUACCAUAUGCAGCUUCAGAGGAUGAACUGCGCUACCAUCUUGGACUGUCCAACUGUACAACAGGCAAAGGUAAAGUAAACCUGGCUGGCUCCAAUGUCCGACCUCUCGAGGUUUUCAUGUGCAGUAUUGUCCGCAAAAUGGGUUAUGGUGAAGGAUUCAAGUGGAUGUCCGAGUACAUCAACUAGAAGAUUGCGUUGGCUAAGUUUCACACCUUGUUAACAAGAAGGAAUAUGUAGGGUAUGAACUAAAAUAUUAAGCGAGGUUGAUGUUAUACAUCACUUAGUUUGAAAUCGUUUUUAAUUUUUUUAAUUAAGUGGCUGGGAUUAAGAAUUUUAUUGCCUCGGAUUUGCAUGGAACAGCCAGUGAAUUUUUGAAUCAUGCAGUCUAAUCAGGAUUUUUACCCAUUUUGAGUUAACAUUUCAUAUCUGCUUGAAAAAGUCUAUUUAAACCUUCUAGGCCUAA